GUAUCAAAGUGUAACUGGGUUGCGCCGUCGACACAGUCACAGACUGCGAGCGUCGAGCGACCUAGCGAGAGAGGGAGAUGGGAUUGGGAGCAUUGAGAAACCUGAUUCGUCCUUUGGCUAGAGCUGUUGUAAAGCAGAGUGCCGGCCAUUUCCCGGCGCCGUCGCCAUCGCCAUCUUCGGCAUUAACCGAGUUGCGUUGGUCUUUUGGUUCGCUGCAGCUGCACACACCAUGGAUUCCGUUGUCGAAUGGUUUUAAUAGCUUAACAGACACUCGAUUUCCCAAGAGAAGGCCAGGCUAUAAACCUCGAAGAAAAAGGGCUAGCUUAAAACCACCAGGUCCAUAUGCUUGGGUGCAGUACACACCUGGUGAACCAAUAGCUGCAAGCAAUCCUAAUGAAGGAAGUGUUAAGGGAAGGAACGAGAAGAAGCGCAUGAGACAGCGGAGGGCAUUUAUACUGUCAGAAAGAAAGAAACGAAAAGUUCAGUUGCAAGAAGCUAACAAGAAGAAAAGAAUCAUGAGGGUAGAGCGUAAGAUGGCUGCAGUGGCAAGGGAAAGAGCAUGGACUCAAAGACUAGCAGAGCUGCAGCAACUUGAGGAAGAGAAGAAGAAAUCCAUGGCUUGAACCGAAUAGGUUAGGAUAUAAUAUGGUUCCAUUGGGGAAGUUGUGCUAUUCUUCUUUUAUCAAAUUAAUUAUCAGAUCAAGCUUCUUGAAAUCAUGAAACUGCAUUUUCUUUGUGAAGGGCUUCGGAUUUGUGUGUAUCUUUUCCCUUCCAUUUGUCGUCUUCUUUUUUUCCUUUCUCUUUUGGGAGGCAGGUUGUAUUCGUUUUUCUUUUGCUACUUUCGAGUCAACAGGUUUGAGCAAACCUUCGCCAUUUAUAUUAUGCACUAUUCCUGUUACACUUCCAUCAGAUUUAACUUAAAUUAGAAAAUAACUUUGACAA